CUCGUGCGCAGGGGUCGCCGAUGUGGUAUCUUGGAACACCAUGCUCGGUGGCUAUGUGAAGUGCGGGGACAUCGACAAUGCCCGGAGGCUGUUCGAAGGAAUGCCUCAAAGGAAUGGGGUCUCCUGGAGCGCGAUGGUGGGGGCUUACGCGGGUUCUGGCGAACUGGAUGUGGCCAGGGAAAUGUUCGACGAGAUGCCGGCCAUUGGGAGGAACGUUGUGACAUGGAACUCGAUGAUAACUGGAUUUGCGCGGCAUGGGCUACUGCCGCUGGCUAGGAAGAUGUUCGAUGAGAUGCCGGUACGGAAUCUCGUAUCAUGGAACACAAUGAUCCGGGGGUAUGCAGUGAAUGGCGAUAUGGAUGGCGCGCGGGAGCUGUUUGACGUGAUGCCAGAGAAGGAUGUGGUUUCCUGGACGUGCAUGAUUUCUGGGUAUGCACAGGCUGGACGCUAUGCUGAAACUCUUGAUCUGUUCAGGUCAAUGCAGAGCGAGAGCAGUGUCCGUCCUAAUGAGGUGACCAUGGUGAGUGUGCUCUCGGCAUGCGCACAUGUAACAGCUCUGGAAGAAGGGAGGUGGGCUCACGCCUUCAUUGACAAGCACAAGAUGGUGCUCGACAAUGAGUUCAAUCUUGGCGCCGCUCUCAUAGACAUGUAUGCCAAGUGUGCAAGAACCGAUAUGGCCGUCAAAAUCUUCCACUCCUUGCACCAGAAGAAUGUCUCCGCCUGGAAUGCGCUCAUCACUGGGUUGGCAAUAAAUGGUGAUGUUCAGGAUUGCAUCAGUGUGUUUGAGCAGAUGAAGAGGUCAGGAGAAAAACCGAAUGACAUAACGUUUGUUGGUGUGUUGACUGCUUGUUCCCAUGGCGGGCUGAUGGAUGAGGGUCGACGGUGCUUCGAGAGCAUGACAACUUAUGGAGUGCAGCCAGAGGCGAAGCACUAUGGCUGCAUGGUUGACAUGUUAGGCCGGGCAGGGCUUCUUGAAGAGGCAGAGGAGCUCAUAAGGAGCAUGCCGGUGGCCCCAGAUGUCAUGAUUUUGGGCGCACUACUGGGUGCCUGCCGAAUGCACAAGAGAUUUGAUGUGGCUGAAAGAGUCCAGAGUAAAAUCAUUGGCCUCAACACACAGCAGGCUGGCUGCCACGUGUUGAUCUCAGACGUUAAUGCUGCUGCUGGAAAAUGGGGAGAGGCUUUAGAAGCGAGGCACGUUUUGCAGAAGCACGUCAUCAGGAAAUCACCGGGAUCAUCCAGCUCAAUGCAAUAGGCAUAUAAGCGAUUAAGAAUCAG